GCCCUCCCGCCCGAGUCCGCCCGCAGCCCGCCGCAGCCCGCAGCCCGCAGCCCGCAGCCCGCGGCGAGCCCCGGUGUGAGCAGGCCGUAGACACCUUGGGGUUAACCAGUGGCUGCUCUGAGUGGGAGGCAAGCAGUGCUGCCCUGAGUCUCCUUCCGGAUUGAGAAGCGUCAUGGCCAGCAUCUUGCAGGCCUCCCUGGCUGCUUUCCUCCUGCUGCCUGUGGCCACCGCCAUGCACUCUGACUGCAUCUUCAAGAAGGAGCAAGCCAUGUGCCUGGAGAAGAUCCAGAGGGCCAAUGACCUGAUGGGCUUGAACGACUCCUUCCCAGGCUGCCCUGGAAUGUGGGACAACCUCACGUGUUGGAAGCCUGCCCGUGUGGGUGAGAUGGUCCUGGUCAGCUGCCCUGAACUCUUCCGAAUCUUCAACCCAGACCAAGUGUGGGAGCUAGAAACCAUUGAUCGAGAGUUCGAUUUCCCUGACACUAACUCCUUGGAUCUCUCAGACAUGAGGGUGGUGAGCCGGAACUGCACCGAGGACGGGUGGUCAGAGCCGUUCCCUCACUAUGUAGACGCCUGUGGGUUUGAUGAAUACGAUGAAUAUGAGCCUGGGGACCAGGAUUAUUACUACCUGUCAGUCAAGGCUUUGUACACAGUUGGCUAUAGCACAUCCCUUGUCACCCUCACCACUGCCAUGGUCAUCCUGUGUCGUUUCCGGAAGCUACAUUGCACCCGCAAUUUCAUCCACAUGAACCUGUUCGUGUCCUUCAUGCUGAGGGCCAUCUCUGUCUUCAUCAAAGACUGGAUCCUCUACGCGGAGCAGGACAGCAACCACUGCUUUGUCUCCACCGUGGAAUGCAAGGCCAUCAUGGUUUUCUUCCACUACUGUGUCGUGUCGAACUACUUCUGGCUGUUCAUCGAGGGUCUGUACCUCUUCACCCUGCUAGUGGAGACCUUCUUCCCUGAGAGGAGAUACUUCUACUGGUACACCAUUAUAGGCUGGGGGACCCCAACUGUGUGUGUGUCUGUGUGGGCAAUGCUGAGGCUCUACUUUGAUGAUACAGGCUGCUGGGAUAUGAAUGACAACACAGCUCUGUGGUGGGUGAUCAAAGGGCCUGUGGUCGGCUCCAUAAUGGUUAACUUUGUGCUCUUCAUUGGCAUCAUUGUCAUCCUUGUGCAGAAACUUCAGUCUCCAGACAUGGGAGGCAAUGAGUCCAGCAUCUACUUAACAAAUUUAAGCCUGGGAGUCCCCAAGAAAGCCCGAGAGGACCCCCUGCCUGUGCCCUCAGACCAGCAUUCACUCCCUUUCCUACGGCUAGCCCGGUCUACUCUGCUGCUCAUCCCGCUAUUUGGAAUCCACUACACGGUAUUCGCCUUCUCCCCGGAGAAUGUCAGCAAGAGGGAGAGACUUGUGUUUGAGCUGGGGCUGGGCUCCUUCCAGGGCUUUGUGGUGGCUGUUCUCUACUGUUUUCUGAAUGGGGAGGUGCAGGCGGAGAUCAAGCGUAAGUGGCGGAGCUGGAAGGUGAACCGCUACUUUGCCGUGGACUUCAAGCACCGACACCCAUCCCUGGCCAGCAGCGGGGUGAACGGGGGCACCCAGCUCUCCAUCCUGAGCAAGAGCAGCUCCCAGAUCCGCAUGUCGGGCCUCCCGGCUGACAACCUGGCCACCUGAGCCCGCCCUCCCUUCUUCCUCUCCUCCAUAUACAGGCUGGGGCUGCGGGCAGGCGCCAGCCCACACACAUUGUGCUUCUUUUCUCACUUCGGGCAGGCCCUGGGCUGAAGGCUGGGCUCCCCGAGGUGGGAGAAGGAUGCCGGGCGCAGAUGGGUAUUGGCCCUACCCGUUUGGCACUGGCCCCACCCACCAUGGGCCUCUUUGCCCUGAUCCCAGACAUGUAAAUACUCCACAAAUUUUGAGAAGUUGUCUCAUCCCUACCCCUUUACCCACUGUCCCUGCUCACCUCAAGCAAGUCCCCAGCUUCACCCUAUCCUGUUUCCACCAGCCUUAGUGAUCUUCUUGACCCCUGAAUGAGGCCUUGUGGGCUAAGGCUGACGACCUUGCUUUGAGAGGCUUGGGGUGGGGCCUUCCUGACAGCCCCCACAGUGUCUGACUUUCAGUGUGGACUCCUUGAGUCGGCUUGCCACCUGAGGCCCUCCUCAGGCCUGGCCCGGUCCCUGAGGUCUGCCAGAGGCCCGGUGUGGGUGCCCAGAGCUUCCUUCAGUGGAAGCAAGAUGAGCCGAGACUCCUUCGUACUCCUCACCCAGCAUCUUGGUGUCCAGAUGUCCCGCUCCUGGGUAUCAGGACGGUGGACAGCUCCAGGGCUCUUCCAAUCAGAGACUUCAUUUUGGGUGUGGGGCUGAGGGUCCCGGAAUGUUCUGGUGCUCUUCAUCUGGUGGAAGAAAAAUAACCAAGAUCCAGAAAUGUGGAUGUGAUUGGAAAGGAGAUGGAAAGAGUUUUGGGGCCCAUGGAAGAAGACCUUCACUGGCUCCAUUAUUUCACUCCAGACUCAAGGGGGUGGGGAUUCACCUGGUAGCCUCCCUUCUACCCCUCCCAUCCCCGAGCAUCAGCUGCAGGAGGUGAGAGACACAUGCCUCAGAGAGACUGCUCCCCACCCAUACCUACUACAAGGAGCCCUAUGCCCUCCCCUUUCUCGUUCCUCCUUAAGUCAAAGCCAUGAUUAGGAUGAACCAGCCGCCUUCCUGUGAUGUCACUGAAUCCCAAAGCACCUUACCUCCAUGUGCCCGAGUCCAGGGCAUGAGACUCCCCUUUCCCCCACCCUCAUGGACGAUGAGCCCCAGCCACCAGCUUCUUGGACUUUGGCUCAGCUACUGAAAUAUCUCUGAGACCUUUGCAAAGACUUCCCUCUGUGUUUUCUUGACAUUGAAUCACCACAGAUGCCAGAGUGUCCUAGGGUGUUGGGAGAGGGAACCACACCCACCAGGCCUGUUAGAAGAAGCUGCAGAUGGAAGGCACAGCAGCUCUCCAGCUCCCAUCGUGGUUCUCCAGCCGCAGUUCUUGGCCACAGCCUAAGAAUUCAAAAUGGGGCAGAACCAGGUUGGGGGAUGGUGGAGCAAAAUGCUAGAGUGCCAUGGCCCGUGUGUGGGGCCCACUUCAUUCCAUGUCAACUUUUGGUGUUGUUCUUGUCCAAGUGUGUUUGUGGACUUGCUUCGUGAUCGUAUUCUGGAAUGCUUGGGGAACUUGGGUGGAGAGGGAAUGCUGCUUAGCUUGGUUUUAUAAAGGGGAAGAGGCCUGGGAAGUUUGGGGGUCUGUUUUUGGAGAGAUCCCCAAGAUGACUGGAGAAGGACUUGGUUGCAUGGUUUAGGGAUGAGCCUUGUGUUGCUGGACAGUGAAGCAUUGCUGACCCCUUGGGUCUUUGGCAAACCCAGAAUCUGUCCCAGUAGGGCUCAUACUGCUGAGACUGUGGACACAGAGGUCUCUGUUUGGGGUCUCGGUUUCUCACUUGUGAGAUGCAGUGACUUCUAAAAGCUUUUCCAAGCUCUGUACAUCAAUAAUUCUCCAGUUCAAAACUAAGCAGAUAAAAGGGCAUGCGUCAUUGUCAUGUGUGUCACCUAAAAGGUUCUGAAGUGCACGUAUUUGUACGUAUGUGGAGAGAGGGGAGAAUGUUUAUUUUCCCUUUCUUAGAAAGGAAAUACUUGUCUCUUCCAUUGGGACACCACAGUGGAAGCUAGUGGGCUGGAGGGAGGGAUCAUGCCAGGGACAAUUGGACAGGGGCCUUGGGCGUGAUGUGCAGAUCCAGCCGUGUCCCUAGCCCGGGCAGGGUGCCAAGGCUGCUUGGACGGUAGCCACCCCGAGAUCCUAGGAACAGUCCCCCGAGUGGACCUCAUUUCUUCGUCCCCAUCCCCACCAGCAAAUCUGCUUCACUGUGGAAAAAAGAGACUUUGAUUUUAUACAUAUGUCAUCACAAAACAGCAAAAACAUAAUCAGCCCUGAUUUCCAUGUGCUGUGCUGCCACCUGAGCCCUGGGUUGCAUCCUUGUAGAGGUUCCAGGUUCCUGUUAGUUUGUUGGUUUGUUUUUCUAUCUGAACGAAUAAUUGCCAGUCUUGUGAACAGAUGUACCCAAUGUAUUUUGAAUGUUCCAGAAGGUUAGGCAGCUGGCCUUGAGCAUCAUACGCAGUGAGGGGGAUAGCAUAAGGUCUGGAUAAAACCCUUCCCUCUCUGAGUCUUUGUUUUCAAAUCUGUAAAAUGGGCAGUAAGACUAGGUGAUUUGUGUGGCCCAUUGCGUCCCUGGAAUUCUAUGUCUAUACACCAGCCAUCUACUUACUGGGCAUGGGUCCCAGGCAAAGAUUGUGGUAUCUGCCUGUCUGGGAAAGGAUAAGAAGUGGUGUGGGGCGGGGAGGGGUUUGAGGGCUUUGGGAAUGGUUAGGCUGGAGAGGAGCAGUUAUCCGACUCCAUGACUCUAGAGGAUCAUUACCAGGAAGGGGUUUUUUCAUUGUUUUAUGCAAUCCUAAAGGGCAACAGUCACCCGGAGUGGCUGAGUUUUUCUUGGAAUGAAGAGAUUUUUCAACCUCUUUUAUGAAUGUCUCAUCAUGGGACAGGUCCUGUUAGGGGAGAAACUCCAACCCUGGAGGAAAUGGGAUUGCAAGUCAGGGAUGCUGAGGCUGUCAGAGAACCUGUGACAGGACAGAGUGUAUGAUUUGGAGGGUGGGGGGCAGGCAGUUCUGUAGCUUCUUUGUGGUCCCCAGUGCUGGGGGGGGGGGGACUGCUUAACCCCCUACUAUACCUAAGGCCAGGCCACAUUGUCUAGAUCGGUGGGUAGUUCUGUGACUCUCCUUGACACACCCAGUGGUGUGCAGUGAUUCCUUUUCUUACUCUCCUGCCUCCCCCAAACCAGUUUAUUUGGGGAAUAGGGCCAGGGAGCUGGAGCUGGGCCAAGGCUUGGAAUAUACACUAUCACCCACCAAGUGUGCUGACUCACCUCCUUCAUUUGACCCUUUCCCUUCCUGGAAGGAAAGCCAGAAGAGGCUUUCUUUGUGAUCCCGUGAGUACCCUCGACCCCCCUGAGGCCACACCAAUGUGAAAGCAGUGAGUGCUUUGUCAUCAUAAAUUCCUGCUUGAACCCAGUGACCAUGGAAGCCUGUCAGAAAAGCUUUGAGCGCGGAGUGGAGAACCUGGGCUUCUCCCAGCUUUGUGGGUGACCUGCUGUUUGGCCUUGACCCCUUCCCCAUAUAUCUUGAGGAAGACUCACAAAGCACUAGAUCUGGGAAGAAAAACAGAGGUCGACAGGUCAAACCUCCCCAUUGGGCUGCUGAGAACUCGCUUACCGGCAGGCUUACUCAGCUUGGUGCCUGUACUGUGCUGGGAUCCAAUAUGCUUUACAAACCUGAAUGAGGCAGUGGGCCCGCCAGCAUGUGCCCAGCCCUGCACGUGAACCAGAAUAAGGCAUCCAUACAGGAAACAGUCGUCUUGCACAAGAAAGGGGCUCUGGCUGCAGAAGUUGUUAGGACUCCAAGUUACAGGAAGAGCCAUGAAGUCAGUGUGGCUUGGGGCGAACUGUGUUCUAGCCUGGGGUUUCCCACCUGCUUCUUGGAGCCUCUGUUUCUUAAUCUGUGAAAUGGGAGAAGAUGAUUUGCAGUCUGCCCCAUAGGCCAGGGAUGAGGUUGAAAUGAGACAUCUUUGUGUGUAAAAGGGCUUUGGAAACUACAUUAUUGGCUGGUUACUGGGGUGAAGACCUCUGAAAGGGACUCUGUGCUAUUUGUCAACUGCUUUGAGCCAUCCUGGGUUAACCUAUGCUCCAUUUGUAAAACCACCAGCACUGGGGGUGAGGGGGAGGCCAGUGGACUGAUGGACACGGAAUUCCAGAUUUAUGUCUGUCAACUGAUUCACUUUGCUCUUGGGGUUAGGAUGGGGAGGAUUUCAUGUGGGUGGUGAUUUCCAUGUCACCUCCAUGGGAAUCCUUCAGGGAUCUGGGAAAUUCCUCAAGUGGGCUAUGUGCCCCUUUCUACUUUCCCUAAACGUGAGGUCCUGGGAUGUGUUCGUGCUUAGUCAUUUGUGUCUUGUCUUAUGUUCGUGUUCUGUGGUUUGCCCUCGUGAGGGCUGAAGUGGGGCAGUCUCCAGCAUCCCAGACGUGGCUUCAGGCUUGCUUGUGGAACCGGGCUCCCCGCUGUGUUUCGUCUCCCACAAUAAAGAUAAACCCCAAAGACCUCACUGCUCCCGCUGCCGCCAUUAAUGCUGUGCUCACAACCUUGUCGGGGAUUUUAAGGAUGUCAACCUGCUGUAGAUGACUCAAUAAAUG